GUUAUUAAAAAAGCUCUAGAUACUUUGCUUAAUAACAACUUUAUUCCCCAUCUGGAGGUGUUAUUUUUUACAAAAUUGAAUGGUGUAAUCAUACCAAACUACUUAAAAAAGGCAUAUCCAGAUCAAAUGCUUAUUGUACUACAGCAUCAAUUCUAUGAUCUCAAAGUUUUUGAGAAUGAAUUCAGUGUUAGCUUAAGUUUUAGUGGAAAACAAAAGCAAAUUGUCAUACCAUUUCUCGCUAUUAGCAGAUUUCACGAUAAAAUCUCAGGAGAUAUUUUAAUGUUCACUGAGGAUAAAAAUGAAGAAUGUAAUGAAGAACGUAUUGAAAAAUCUCCAGGCG